UUUUUCUUGCUUAGUUUCUCUUCCUAAUCUUUCAAUUUCGAGAACCAGAAAAUUACCCAAGAAAAUUAAUCUAUUGUGGAAAUCCCCUCUGAUGACCGAAUCUAUAAUCUGCAAACCAGGUGUGAUUUGUUAACUAUAUUUUCUUGGAAACGAUGGCCAAGGAUAAGGUUUAUGAAGAACUAGAUGAAGUCAAAGUUGAGAAUGAAAAGUUAAGGGCAGAUUUCAUUAGCAAAGUUGAAUUAUGUGAGCACUUGAAGAAGGUGGAGAAUGAACAGGUAACGAAGAUCCGAGAAGCGAGUGCAAAAAUCGAGAAGCUGGCACAACAGCUUCUCGAAAAAGAAGAAGAAAUCGUGUUGGUGAAGCGAUCGAAUGAAGAUCUUAAAUGCAGCCUGAAUGAAAAAGAAUCUAUUGUCAAGCAUUUGAAUGCUGCAAAUGAUAAGCUGAGAGCUGAGCGUGAUGAGAAGAACAGGAAUUCAGAGCAGGAAAUCCGAAGGUUGGUCUUGGCUUUAGAUGAGGCAAAUGAGCUGAGUAUAGAUCAAGAACAAAAGAUUAAUGUGCUCAAGGCUGAGAUUGAAGGUCUCAAAGGGAACCUAUCUGUUUCGAAGAAGUGUUUAGAAGCCGAAAAGAAGGCCAAAAAUCCGAGGGAGCUGAGGGAAAGAGAUGAUUUGUUGGUUCAGGUAGAGGAAGAGAAGAGGAAGAUUGAAGAUCAGCUAAAAUGGAAGAAGGAGCAGUUCAAACAUUUAGAAGAAGCCCAUGAGAAACUCCGGGACAAGUUCAAGGCAAGUAAUAAAGAGUGGGAGCAAGAAAAAUCUACAUUGCUCGAUGAGAUUUCUUCACUGCAGACGAGGUUAGAUUCGCAGUUCCGAGUUGCAGGAGACCUCCAAAACCGGUUACAGAUAUGCAAUCAAGUCUUGGCUCAUGAAGAAACCCGAAGAAAGUACCUAGAAGUCGAACUUUCGGAGUUCAAAACACGCUAUGAAACCAUUUUUUCCGAAUGCCAGGAUGCAAAGUCACAACUGGACUGCUUGAAUUCCCAGAGGGACAAUGAAGUUGCAUCUCUGAGACAUAAAUUAGGCAUUAAGGAGUCGUUUUAUAAGGAAAUGGAAUAUCGAGCCGGGAAACUGGAGCAAGAAAAUCGAGAGUUGUUGACUUCCAUUAAAGAACUCCAGGAAGCUCGAAUUCAGGAAGCCGGGAGUGCCUCUUCUCUUUCGAAAUUGAAGAACAGGCUCAGAAGUCUGGACCAGAAACACAAGGAGUGUUCAACAAAUCUUAGAGCUAAAGAAGCAGAAUGGAACUCUCAGCGGGAGGAAAUGACUAGACAGUUAGAUGAUUACUGCUCUCAGUUACAGCAUAAAGAUGCUGCUCUCAAAGUUCUGGAGAUGGAACUUGAAGGUUGCCUGUCUUCAGCUUUUCAGUUGAAAUUGCAGAAUGAUGAGAUUUCUGUGAUGUUACUAGUAAUGAAAUCGGGAAUGUCCGAGGCUCAACUGAAACUUGCCAUUUUUGAGGCUGAGUUGGACCUCCAUGAGAAAGAGAGGGUAGAGAAGUUUUCUAUUCUAAGGCAGCAACUGGAGAUGAAAGAUACUGCUCUGGCUAAUGCUCGGCGAGACAUUGCAGAAGAACAUCAGCGGACUGCUAUUUUAUCUAAGAGGAUUGAAACCAUAGAUCAUCUUGAGGUUAAGCAUCAGCUAAUGGAGAAAGAGCUCGAUAGAUGUAAAGAAAUGCUCAAGGAAUCAUCGAGGUGUCAACUUCGUUUGAAAGAGCAAGCUUUUCAGAUGGAAAAAGAAUCCAAAGAGAAACUUAGAGAAGUUUGUGAUGCUUUAGAAACAACAGAAUCUGAACUGGCAGAAGAACAGGAGAAAGUAGAAUCUUUGUCAAGGAGGGGUGAGUCCUUGGAUCUUAUAGAAGGGCAGUGGCUCCUGCUGCAGAAAGAGCUUGAGAGGUAUAAGAAAAUGCUCGAGGAAGCAUCUAGGUUUCGAGCACAAUUCGAAAAGCAAGCUUUGCAGAUCGACAACGAAUCCAAAGAGAAAUAUAGAGAAGUUUGCGAUGCUUUAGAAACAACAAAAUCUGAACUGGAUGAAGAACGAGAGAGAACAGCUUUGUUGAUGAAAAGGGUCGAGUCUUUAGAUCCAAUUGAAGGACGGUGGCUCCAGACACAGGAGGAGCUUCAGCGGCACAAAGAAAUGCUCGAGGAUGCAUGUAGGCGUCAAUGUCAGUCAGAAGAGCAAUCUGUGCGUAUGAAAAAUGAAUUUGGAGAGAAACUUCAAGAAGCUUGUGAUGCUUUAGAAAAUGCAAACAUUGAAUUGGCUGAAGACCGUGAGAGAACAGCUACCUUAAUUCAGCGGAUCGAAUCAUUGGAUCACUUGGAAGAACAGUUAGCCCUGAGGCAGAAAGAACCGGAGCAAUACAAGGAAAGGGAACUGAAAGAAAUCCACAAUGUCUCGGAGAAAGCAAAUUCUGAAUUGGUUGAGAAAACUUGUGCAGGACAUGAACUUGAACUUGAAUUUGAAUUGUGGAUAUGGGAAUCUAUAGCCGACCGGUUAAAAAUCGACCUUCAAGAAAGUCAGACAUUGCGUAAAGAAUUAGAAGCUUCUCUUCUUGCGCAAGUGGAGAUCGAGGAAACUAUCAAUAAAGAGAAAGAUGAACUUGUCCGUGUAACUGAAGAGAAAGAUGGGAUAAUUGUUAAUCUCCGGCAGCAGGUAGCAUCACUGGUGCAAGAGCUCAAAGCAAGAGAACAUGAUAAGAUCAUAGAGGAGAAACUACAACUGGUGUCUAAUUCAGAAGCAAGGCUGAGAACAUCAGAGGCUUUGGUCGAUGAGCUUAAGACCGAAAACAGAAAUUUGCUCAAAAACAACACAAUGCUGUUAACAGACCGGGAAAAUCUGCUCGGAUUCAUCAAGAGCCUAGGUGAUCGGAUUGGUGAGCUCUCCGGCGAAGACGGUAAGCUGAUGGGAAUCUUGGGGAGGAUAAUGCAGUCUUUUGACAACGACACUUCAGACAUGAAAGGUAAUGAUGAACUCUAUUACACUCUUAAGGAAAACAAGAGUCUUAUUUCUUCUCCGGCAACUAGAAAACCUGAUUCUCUUAUUGAAGAAAGAUCACCAUUUAGAGAGCUCAACUAGAAACCAUGGAUUUCAUUUUCAUUUCCAGCUUCAGCUUCUGUAUAUGACAAAUUCAAGCAUGUAUU